AUGGCAGAAGAAGCUCCAGCUGCUGCCGCUCUGGCGAAGGCUCUCAAGAAGAAGCCUGCCAAAGCCAAGAAGGUGGGCCCCAGCGUUAGCGACCUCAUCGUUCAAACUGUGACGGCGUCCAAGGAGCGGAAAGGUGUGUCUUUAGCUGCCCUCAAAAACGCUCUGGCUGCCGGCGGCUACGACGUCAAGAAGAACAAUGCUCAUGUCAAGGUGGCCGUCAAGAGUCUGGUGAGUAAAGGCAAGCUUGUCCAGACCAAGGGCUCCGGGGCAUCCGGCUCAUUCAAGCUGGGCAUAGAUACCAAGUCUAAACCGGCUGCUAAGAAAAGCGCUCCCAAAGCUAAGAAGGCCGCCGUCAAGAAACCCAAGAAAGUUGCAGCAACAAAAAGGCCUCCUGCCUCUAAAAAGUCCCCAAAGAAGGUGAAGAAACCUGUAGCGGCAAAGAAAUCACCCUAG